UCAAAAUUAGUUAAAAUCGUAAGAGAUACCUAUUCUUCUCGCAUUCCGAUUGAAGGAAUUUAUGCGUUCUCCGAUUCCACAGUAGCGCUGUCAUGGAUAAAAUCGUCACCUCAUAGGUGGAAUACUUUCGUUAGCAACCGCGUCGCACAGUGUCAAGAAAAUCUUAACCCACAGCAUUUUUAUCAUGUUGCGGGAAUCGAGAAUCCAAGUGACUGUUUAUCACGUGGUGUUUUGCCAUCACAAUUAAUCUCGCACCCACUUUGGUGGAAUGGCCCACAAUGGCUCCGCGACUCGCCUUCGGAAUGGCCGAUAAAUAGUUUUUCGCCUACCACUGAUAACGAGUUACCUGAAUUCAAAUCCACCGCGUUAUUAACAACAGAUGUUCAAUGCGAACAACCGGUAUUAUAUAUUUUAUCGCAACGCUUUUCCUCAUGGAAUAAACUUAUUCGCUCCGCUUCUUAUGUAUUACGCUUCGCGCGACUUCUGCCAUCUACUGGAGAAGUCGAUAAACUUAAUUUUGUUGAAAACGCAAUAAUAAAGGACAUCCAAAGGGUUCACUUUAGUGAUGAAAUCACGCGAUUAAAAAAUAAAAAAUUACCUUCGAAGAAAUUACAAAGGCUAGCUGUUUUUAUUGAUAAUGACGGCAUUUUACGCAUUGGAGGUCGGCUUUCUAAAUCGGAUUUACCAUACGAGGCUAAACAUCCCGCACUUCUUCCAAAACAUGAUCACGCGGUUAACUUGAUCAUUGAUCACUAUCAUACGCGCAAUUGUCACACUGGGCCUUCUUUAUUAACGUCCCUUAUUCGUCAACGAUUUUGGAUACUAGACGCUAGGACAAUCAUUAGGUCUAGAGUACACAAAUGUAAUACAUGUUUUCGAGUAAAGCCUGUGCAUCUUACACCAUUAAUGGCUGAUAUUCCUUCUCAUCGUUUGCAAGAAGCGAAAGCCUUUAUGCACACAGGUGUGGACCACGCAGGUCCACUCCGUAUAACGCCAACGCGUCGCCGCGGUUAUCAGUCGCAGAAAGCUUACAUAUGCUUAUUCGUAUGCCUCGUGACGAAAGCCGUUCAUAUUGAACUUUCGUCAGAUUUAACAGCUGACUGUUUUCUCAUGGCUGUAAAAAGAUUUUUAAGUCGCAAAGGUCCAAUCUCCUGUUUUUACAGCGAUAAUUCUGGAACCUUCCUUAAAGCCAAAUCGCAGUUGGACGAAGUGUAUUCACUUCUGAAUAGUUCAGAUUAUAAAGGUAAAUUAAACCUAGAAUUACAAAUUAAUCGGAUUGAAUGGAAGAAUAUCCCUCCCCGGGCCCCCCAUUUUGGAAAUAUGUGGGAGAGUAAUAUAAAAUGUUUUAAAACGCAUUUGUAUCGAGUCAUCGGUAAUCAACUUCUUACAUACGAAGAGUUAAUAACAGUGCUAACGCAAAUUGAAUGCAUAUUAAACUCUCGCCCGCUUUGUUUAAUGUCGUCCGAUCCACAUCCGGAAAUUCUAACUCCGGCCCAUUUUUUGAUGUCUACUCCGCUACAAUAUUUUCCGGCUGCUCCUUUACCUAGCGAAAGCCCUAACCUAAUUAAGAGAAAAAGACUACUCGACAGUUUAGUUCAGUCCUAUUGGAAGAAAUGGCGCUUAGAAUACUUACACACUUUACAAGUUAGACAAAAGUGGUGUACGCCUUCUAACCCUGUUAAGAUAGGUACGGUGGUUUUAAUUGGGCAUGAUGAUUUACCGCCUUUACAAUGGCCGCUAGGAAUAAUUACAAAGGUUUAUCCAGGGGCUGAUAAUGUGGUUCGCGUUGCUCUUGUUAAAACUGAAUCUGGCGAAUUCAAACGACCUGUUGUGAAACUUUACCCACUUCCAACGCAAUAACCGCAUUAUAAUUUAUUUAAAGUAAUAGAAUAAAUAG